AUGCCUCGAUCGACGUCGUCACGUGCAAGUUCUCGACGAGGAGCCGAUCAAGAGCCUCAAUCGGAGUCGGCUGAUGUUUUUGCUGAACCGAACUCGGUUGCAUAUGAUGGCUCGCUUCAACGCCGAGCUGUGGGAGCUACCUCACCGAGGUCGAUGUCUUCCGCUUCGGCCCUCAACUAUGGUUCUGAAAUGGGAUCAAUGUCCCAAAUGUCGUCGAUGUCUACCAUGAAGCGAGGCGCUCGUGGAGACAUUGGAGUUGCGCCAAGUGACCAUCGAACGGUACAGAUUCAAGGAUUGCACGAUGAUCUUGCUAUGGACGACGGUCAACCGCGUCUCUACAUUUGGGGAACUCGCAUUUGCGUCGCCGAUGUUCAGAGAGCGUUUCGUGAUUUCAUUACCACGUUUAAAAUCUCGCAACUCGAUGAAGAUGAGAAUAUGAUGGAGGGGCCUGAUCAUCUUCAACCCGUCGAUACUAACCAACCCUACUACAUGGAAAGAUUGUUGGAAUGCGAUGUCGCUGAAAUCAAUCACAUCAAUUUGAAUUUGGCGCACUUGAAAGCGUUUUCCGAAGCGCUUUACCGAAAAGUUAUCGCUUAUCCAGCUGAUGUCAUUCCGUAUUUGGACAUGACGAUCAACGAAAUUUUUGCUGAACGAUUCAACAGAUCACUUCCACAACCGAUUGAGUUGCGGCCAUUCAACGCUGAGAAGACGAGAAAUAUGAGAGGAUUGAACCCGAAUGAUGUUGAUCAACUCAUUACAAUUAGCGGAAUGGUCACCAGAACCUCGUCGUUGGUCCCAGAAAUGCGCAGCGGAUUCUUCCAGUGCUCGAUUUGCAACUUCAGCGUUGAGAGUGAAGUCGACAAAGGAAGAAUCGAGGAGCCGGUGGUGUGCACGAACUGCUCAAACACCCAUUGCUUCCAACUCGUGCACAACCGCGCGAUUUUCCUCGACAAGCAGGUUGUGAAGCUCCAAGAAUCGCCUGACGAUAUGCCAUCCGGAGAGACACCGCACACCGUGUCGGUAUUUGCCCAUGGAAGUCUCGUCGAGUCAGUGCAGCCGGGAGACAGAAUCACUGUCACUGGGAUUUUCCGCGCGAAUGGUGUGAAAGUUAAUCCACGCCAACGGGCUUUGGCAUCGGUAUAUCGUACUUCGAUCGACGCCCUUCACUUCAGAAAAAUUGAUACUUCGAGAUUGCAUCAGGAUAAUGGGGAUACUCUCACAGAAGAGAGAAUCCAACAGAUUAUUCGUAUCUCGAAACGACCGGAUCUCAUGGACGCUCUUUCUCAUGCAAUUGCCCCAUCGAUUUAUGAGCAUAGUGAUGUCAAGAAGGGUCUUCUUUGCCUUUUGUUUGGAGGAACUCGCAAGGAUGAUGAGAAUACUAACAAGACUAAACUGAGAUCGGAAAUCAAUAUCUUGCUUUGCGGAGAUCCGGGUACAUCGAAGUCUCAGCUCCUUCAAUACGUUUACCGUCUGAUGCCGAGAAGUCAGUAUACGAGCGGAAAAGGAUCGUCGGCUGUCGGUCUGACUGCUUCAGUUUCCCGCGACGCUGAUACGAAGCAACUCGUUCUCCAGACGGGAGCACUCGUUCUCGCUGAUAACGGUGUCUGUUGUAUCGAUGAGUUUGACAAGAUGAACGACAGUGCGAGAAGUGUUCUCCAUGAGGUCAUGGAACAACAAACUCUUUCGAUUGCCAAGGCUGGAAUCAUCUGUCAGCUGAAUGCGCGUGCUUCGAUUCUGGCGGCGGCCAAUCCAGUGGAUUCGAAAUGGAAUCGAAACAAGACGAUUGUUGAGAAUAUUCAAUUGCCGCACACACUUCUUUCGAGAUUCGAUCUUAUUUUCUUGAUUGUCGAUCCUCAGGAUGAAAUGCAUGACCGUCGCCUUGGAAAUCACCUGGUCUCUUUGUAUUUUGAGAACGACAAACAACAACAAGAAAAUGCCGAGCAACUCGACAUGCACCUCCUCCGCGACUAUAUCGCGUACGCAAAGGCGAACAUUCAUCCGAAACUCAACGAGGAUGCUUCGCAAUUCCUCAUCGACAAGUAUUUGUUCAUGCGCAUAGCCGGAGCCCAACACGGACAGAUUUCGGCGUAUCCUCGUCAACUCGAAUCGCUGAUUCGACUCUCCGAAGCGCACGCGAAGAUUCGACUUUCGCAAGAAGUGACUGUCGAUGAUGUCGAGAAUGCUUAUACAUUGUGGCGAGAAGCUCUUCGUCAGUCGGCUGUUGAUCCGGCGACUGGACGUGUUGACGUCGCCAUUUUGGCGUCUGGAAUGAGCACGACCGGAAGAAAGGCGCUGGAAAAUAUCUCCGAGGCGAUUGUUAAGCAAUUACAAACUAGCAAGGGCGCUACUGUUACUGCGAAGACCUUGUUCCAGACUAUCAGAACUGCUGAUAAGAACUUCACGAAGGAGUUGUUUGACGAGGCUCUCAAUGAACUAUCGAAGAAGGAGACGAUUGUGAGAACUGGUGAACGAAUUCGCUACUUGACCGCUGAUAAUUAA